UAAAAAAAAACAAGGUGGGAUCGGAAGUGUUAUGGAAAGAGGAAAAAUAAAGAAAAAACACAACGGCGCAUAUUCUGGCGGUGGGGACCGGGAGGGAAGGGAGAAAAACAUCAACAUGGCACAGCCAGAGAAGCGUUACAAGGUGGUUUUCCCAGCAGUGAUUGCUUUGCUGGUUGCCAUUUGCGUGGCAGAAAUCCCCUCAUGCCACCCCCGCCAUAAGGCUGCAGUAGUAAAGAUGGACGAGGCCUCUCUCACUGUGAACAAUGAGCUGGACGCUGAGAUGGUUGUGAGCUGGCUAUCAGACCACUGCUAUCAGUGUGUGUACCAGCCCCUGGGUGUGGUGCCAGCGGGCCCUGGACCAGGCUUACCCAGCUCAGUGGACUUCACCGUGGGCACACAGCAUGGCAUCACCCUGCAGCUCAACAGCAGCCCCGUCAGCCUGGAACUCUGCAGUUUCCUGUCUCCUCCCCAGGGUUCAUUACCACUUUUGGGAGCAUGGUAACUACUCUCUGUGGGUCAAGAACCUGAACGACUCCUCAGUGGUCAACUGUUCCAUGAUCACUGACACAGAAACGGUCAACAGCUACCUGCCCAUCAUGGUGGCCUUUCUGUUGUUCACGGGACUGGCUAUACUGUCUGCAAUUGGAGCUACUGUCAUGGGGCUGGACGUGGUGCAGAAUCUGAUGUUCCGAUUGGGCAACUCCAUGGAAACUGAGAGGCUCAUCAACUCAGACCUGGGGUUUCCAUGCAGGACGGUGGAGACGGCCACAGACACCAUCCUCCCCACCCCCGCCACCCCCAGCCGGAGGCUCCGAUCCCUGGACACUUUCAGAGGGCUGUCCCUGGUCAUCAUGGUGUUUGUGAACUACGGAGGAGGGAGGUACUGGUUCUUCAGACACGAGAGCUGGAACGGACUCACAGUUGCUGAUUUGGUCUUUCCCUGGUUUGUGUUCAUCAUGGGCACAUCUAUAUCCCUGUCUGUCAGCUCAGCCCUGCGAUGUGGUUUGUCACGUUUCUCUCUGUUCACCAAGGCAGUCUGGAGGAGUGUUCAGCUCUUCCUCAUAGGACUCCUCAUCAUCAACCCCAACUACUGCCAGGGACCACUAUCAUGGGACUCCCUGCGUAUCCCUGGCGUGCUUCAGCGUCUGGCCUUCUCCUAUCUAGUGGUGGUCUCUCUGGACCUCUGUGUGGCCUGGAACAGCCUGGACAACCUUCCUGUGGAUGCUUGGUGGUACUCUGCUCGUGAGUUCCUGCUCUACUGGCCAGCCUGGCUGUGUGUGGUCGUCUUGGAAACCGUGUGGCUCUGUCUCACCUUCCUUCUCCCUGUUCCUGACUGCCCAAGUGGUUAUUUGGGCCCGGGUGGUAUUGGGGACAUGGGCCAGUACCCAAACUGCACCGGGGGAGCAGCUGGAUAUGUAGACCGUUGGCUACUGGGAGAGAACCACAUCUACCAAACACCUUCCUCGCGGGUGAUCUACAAGUCUCACCUGCCCUUUGACCCAGAGGGAGUCCUUGGCAGCAUCAACUCUGUCCUCAUGGCUUUCCUGGGACUACAGGCAGGAAAGAUUCUCCUCCACUACAAGGAUCAGCAUUCCAGUAUAAUGGCCCGGUUCCUCAUAUGGAGCCUGGUUCUGGGAAUCACAUCAGCCGUUCUGACCAAAUGUUCACUAAAUGAAGGCUUCAUCCCCAUCAACAAGAAUCUAUGGUCUCUCUCCUACGUGACCACCCUGGCGUGUUUUGCCCUGCUGCUCCUGGUGUUGAUCUACUACACAGUAGAUGUGAAGAGGUGGUGGUCUGGGGCACCCUUCUACUACCCCGGUAUGAACUCCAUCCUGGUGUACGUGGGCCACGAGGUCCUGGAGGAGUACUUCCCGUUUCGCUGGCGCAUGGCCGACAGCCAAUCCCACGCAGAGCACCUGACCCAGAACCUAUUGGCCACUUCCUGCUGGGUCCUCAUCUCCUUCCUGCUGUACCGGAAGAACAUCUUCUGGAAGAUCUAGAGGGCCAGGACGCGUUUCAAAGUGUCUUUCUUCAAGUCCUCUAAAGAUUUAGGGGGAAGGUCUGAAGGGGCCUGGGCUGCGUCUCAUAAGUAUUUUCUCAGGUCUUUCUGAAGGAUCUACUCUCCUCAAUUCCUUGUGUCCUUUAACCAAUGAUCCACUCACUGGGAGAUGUCGAGCUGGGCCGUAUCUCAAUAGUCUCCUCAAUUCCUUGUGUCCUUUAACCAAUGAUCCACUCACUGGGAGAUGUCGAGCUGGGCCGUAUCUCAAUAGUCUCCUCAAUUCCUUCUGUUCUUUAAUCAACGAUCUACUCACUGGGAGAUGUCGAGCAGGGCCGUAUCUCAAUAGUCUCCUCAAUUCCUUGUGUCUUUGAAGAUCUUUCGUCUGUGUUGCAUUUCACUUGUCUUUCAUCAAUUCCUUGUAUCCUUUCUCCAGCUUCCUUUUUAAAAAAAGGGAAUAGUCAAGUGUUUCCUCUCUUUGUUUCCUUUCCUCGUGUGCUCUCCUUGCUUGACGCUAAUGUUUUUGAGAAGGAAACACAUAAUCACUCAGGAAAAGGCUGGUCUGGGAUUGUAUACAAGAGACAUGGAAACUCUAGAAACCACGAUUACCAUUUUUCUGCUCAUCAAAUCAAAUGUUACUAGUCACAUGCGCCAAAUACAACAGGCGUGGUGGACCUUACCGUGAAAUGCUGAAUACAACAGGCAUGGUGGACCUUACCGUGAAAUGUUUACAUACGAGCCCGUAACCAAAAAUACAGUUCAAGAAAGUAGAGUUGAUGGAAACAAUGCUACAGGCUCUGGUCUACGCUACACUGUAACUACGGACACACAGGUCAGAGGUCACUGGGAUGUGGGAUCAAACUGGACUUCACAAAAAAAAAAAUGGAGUGUACAGCCAAACCGGUAUGGAAUAGUGUACCAUGGAUAAUACAAAUGUGUUGAUUCUCGUUUGUGCAUUUCAUGGGUCAUUCCACAAAUUCAGUGCCUUUUUCAGAAGUGUAAAAAAAAACUUUGUGAUUUCACCUAAUUUUAAUAUUCUGUCAUAAAGAGCACAUAUUCAACAUAACAUGUUUUCCCAUCUCAAGAGUACUACAGUAGGUGCCUAUUCAAUGCCAACUAAACUAACAGGGUUGAUGAACUCAUCUGUAAAUCUGCCAUAAAUCCCAUUGUGACGGUAGAAGGAAAGCUUGUGUGCAACAGGGAGUGGCCAUUUUUAAAUGCAAGAAUCACCUCAACAUUUUUUAAUUGUUAAAACAUUUCUAGCCUGUCUGUCUAUGGGUAACAGGGUUGACUUGUGAUGCUCGACACGCUCAGUUUUCCACCACAAAAUGCCAGAAAAUGGCCAUAAAAUCUAAAACCAGCUCACCUGAUUUUACAUGAUUUGACUAUUAGAUGUUCAAUGUUCUCUUUUUGAAAAAAUAAAUAAAUAAAAUAAUAAUUUUGCCCUAUGUGAACUGAAGACUCAUUUUAAUAACAGGGGUUGACUUUAAAAUGAGGGACAGUUAAUUUAAUCCCUAAAUAAUCUUGAGAAAAUUACUUUUUUUGUCAAAAUAACAAAAAUAACUAAGGCUUUACAAUGAUGGUGAAAACCUGGGAGACAUUUUGGGGGGGUUUUAAGACGGUUGAAAUCUUCCUAGAAGAAGUCGCAGUGGGUGCAAAGGGGGGUCAAUGCAGAAUUAUGUCACUUUAACAACGAGUCUUUAUUCAUGUAAAAAAAAAAAGUAAUAUUGUAGAAAUAACUCACCAGCUGUCAAAAUCAGAAGGGGGGGGCACCACGCAUUUAGUUUGUUUUGCCCCAAACAAUCAGAUUGAAUUUUCCAUGUGGUCUAUAUUAAAAGGGAGCUUCAUUUAAUAUAACAGGCUUUUUCUAAAAAAAAAUCUACUUAAAAUAUAAAAGGGAUGCAAAAGGACCUUAUUUCGUGGAAUGACCCUCCAUAUGAACAUAAUAAGCAUUGUGUCAAAACUCUACAGAUGGAAAAAAAAAACAAGUUUAAGUCCCAAAUAGCACCUUAUUCUUUUUAUAGUGCACUACUUUUAACCAGAGCCAUAUGGGUCCUGGUCAGAAAGGAGUGCACUACAAAGGGUACCAUUUUAGGAUGUAAUUUAGGACUUUCUUUUAGGUAAUUGUAUUGUAUGAUAUGUAAAUGAGCACAAAGAAUGGCAGGGCACAACUAUUCAUGCAACACUGAUUGAUGAUUUAUACCAAAUUCAGACGACUGUAAACUUCUGUUACUGAAUCCUUCGCCCAAGUACUAGUAUUUGUGUUUUUAACCGUGUGGUUAAUGAAUUAAACUGUAAAAAAAAAAUGAACAUGCAUAUGCAUAUAUAUAUAUAUCGACCUUAAGCUCAUGGAAAUAAUGUGAUAUGUGUACUUUUCAUCAUUGUGAAUAAAUUGUAUCGAUAUCUUUUAAAUGCGACCAAAGACGACUAGCAGUGCUAUUUAAUACAGUACCAACAAACAAACAACAUAUUAAAUAAAUAGAAAAAUGUAUUCACUCACUGUUGUUAUUCAUUCAGGGUAAGACCCACUGGGCAUACACUGGUUGAAUCAAUGUUGUUACCACGUCAUUUCAAUUCAAUGACUUUGAACCAACGCGCAAUAGGCGUUGAAUUGACGUCUGUGCUCAGUGGGGAGCGUCUGCUAAAUUACUCAAAUGUAAAUAAAGCUUGUGCCAAAUGGCACCCUAAUCUGUAUUUAGUGCACUACUUUAGACCAGAACCCUAUUCCCUAUUUAGUGUACUACUUUAGACCAGAGCCCUAUGGUACCCUAUUCUCUAUAUAUAGUGCACUACUUUAGACCAGAGCCCUAUGGGACCCUAUUCCCUAUUUAGUGCACUACUUUAGACCAGAGCCCUAUGGCACCCUAUUCCCUACUUAGUGCACUACUUUAGACCAGAGCCCUAUGGCACCCUAUUCCCUACAUAGUGCACUACUUUAGACCAGAGCCCUAUUGGUCCUAGUCAGAAGUAGCAGGCUCCACUAUAUUGUGAAUAAAGCCCUAUUGGUUCUGGUCAGAAGUAGCAGGCUACACUAUAUAGUGAAUAAAGCCCUAUUGGUCCUGGUCAGAAGUUGCAGGCUACACUAUAUAGUGAAUAAAGCCCUAUUGGUCCUGGUCAGAAGUUAGGCUACACUAUAUAGUGAAUAAAGCCCUAUUGGUUCUGGUCAGAAGUAGCAGGUUACACUAUAUAGUGAAUAAAGCCCUAUUGGUCCUGGUCAGAAGGAGCAGGCUACUCUAUAUAGUGAAUAAAGCCCUAUUGGUCCUGGUCAGACGUAGCAGGCUACUCUAUAUAGUGAAUAAAGCCCUAUUGGUUCUGGUCAGAAGUAGCAGGUUACACUAUAUAGUGAAUAAAGCCCUAUUGGUCCUGGUCAGAAGUAGCAGGCUACACUAUAUAGUGAAUAAAGCCCUAUUGGUCCUGGUCAGAAGUAGCAGGCUACACUAUAUAGUGAAUAAAGUCCCAUUUACAUCCUGACAUUCUUUCCCUUUUGUUAUUGUUUUAGACAUUUGAAUAUCCCAUGUGAUUCCAUUAAAUUAUUUUAUUUUAAUAUAAUAUAAUCUAUUACAUGUGAUCUUUUUGCGUAUAGUCCUUGUGCCGUUUUGUUCUUACUUUACAACGUUGUUUCCAUCAACUAGUGACAAAAUCCGUUGUUUAGUUGAAUCGGGUGUGUUUGUGCUGAACCAAAAUGUGCACACCCAGUGAGAUUUAUUGUGAAGCACUGGGUUUCUAUGUUAUAUGAGUGCCAUCUGGUGAACGCAAUUAAUAAAAUAAUAUGAAUCUA